UCCUUUUUUCAAAACUUCGUCGCCAUUUUGGCGCGGCUUAAUUAUUGCGGAAACCGGGGCUGGUGAAGCAGCUGAGACUGAGUGACUGGCCUAUUAGGCCUGUAGAAUGCUGGCAAAUGAGGACAUAUUUCACAUUGAACAAUGAGCAGUUAUAUGAACCCCUAAAGUUGUGGAUGGUAUUAUUGGGUCCUGUAAUAGUGUUGCCAUUAUUUUCACUUUGUUGGGGCAAGAAUUGAGAAACUGUUCGCUUGGUUGUGCAAUGGAAAAUGAGAAUAAAGGUAAUGCCUCUUCCAGAGAGGGACUUCUGCUUAGAAUGGGCCUCAAUGAUAACAAAGCUGGAAUGCAAGGGCUGGAUAAAGAGAAGAUCAACAAAAUCAUAAUGGAAGCCUCCAAGGGUUCUAAAUUUUAUGAAAAUGAACUUAAGAAAGAUCAACAAGUUAACAGACGAAUUGAAAAAAUGCUGAAACUCAAAAAUAAAAUCACAGACCAACAAAUCAUAAAAGCACAAUUACAGAUGGAUAAGCUUGCAAUGGAAUUGGAUCAGAGCCGUGAUCUUAGCUGUACUAUUGUACAUAUUGAUAUGGAUGCCUUUUAUGCUGCUGUAGAAAUGAGAGACAAUCCUGAAUUGAAGGACAAGCCCAUAGCAGUGGGAUCAUUGAGUAUGUUGUCUACUUCAAAUUAUCUUGCUAGAAGAUUUGGGGUACGUGCAGCCAUGCCUGGAUUUAUUGCUAAGAAACUCUGCCCAAAUCUUACUAUAGUGCCAUUAAACUUUAAGAAAUAUGAAGAAGUAAGUAAAGAGGUUAGGGAAAUACUAGCCAAAUAUGAUCCUCACUAUAUGCCCAUGGGUCUUGAUGAAGCCUACUUGAAUAUAACAGAGUACUUAGAAGAAAGAAAGAACUGGGAUGAAGGAAAAAGAAGGUAUUUCAUCAAAACAUCCAACUCUGCUCUAGCUGGCAAGCAGAAUAUAAUUACGUGCAAUGAAUCAAAGUUGAGUGAAGAGGUGCAUUCCUGUUCACCAGUCUUGUUUGAUGAUGAUACUCUGAUAAAUAAGCAUUCAGUGGACUCUUCUCUGCUGCAUUUGGAAGAAGAGAAACAUCAACAAUCAAUAACUGAAAUAAAAUCAGUUGUCUUUGGAAUAUCUGCUGAGGAAGUUGUGGAGGAAAUUCGCUUUAGGAUUGAACAAAAAACAAGGCUGACUGCCAGUGCAGGCAUCGCUCCAAAUAUGAUGUUGGCAAAAAUGUGCAGUGAUCAAAAUAAACCUAAUGGUCAAUACAGAAUCACCCCAGAAAGAGAUACUGUGAUGAAUUUCAUCAAAGAUUUACCCAUUAGAAAGGUGCCUGGCAUAGGAAAAGUAACAGAGAAAAUGCUCAAAGCUUUGGGAAUUGUGACUUGCACAGAACUUUACCAACAGAGGGCACUGAUUUCUCUCCUCUUCUCUGAAACAUCUUGGCGUAACUUCUUGGAAAUCUCUCUUGGUUUGGGUUCAACACAUUUGGAGAGGGAUGGGGAAAGAAAAAGUAUGAGUACUGAAAGGACAUUUAAUGAAAUAACUGCAGCAGCAGAACAAUACAAAUUGUGUCAAGACCUUUGCAGUGAUCUUGCUCAGGAUUUGAAAAAGGAAGGACUUAAAGCUAGAACUGUAACUUUAAAGUUGAAGAAUGUAAACUUUGAAGUGAAGACAAGAGCUUCUACAAUACUGUCUGCAGUUUCUACUGAAGAAGAAAUAUUUGCUGUUGCUAAAGAGUUGCUUAGAUCAGAAAUAGAGGGUGUCAGUCCACAACCUUUACGCCUAAGACUGAUGGGUAUACGAGUAUCAGGUUUUCUAAAUGAAGAUGAAAAGAAAUAUCAACAAAAGAGCAUUGUUAAUUUCUUAGAGCCAGGAAAACAAGUCAGUGCUUCUAGGCUCUUUUUUAGGAAAUCUGUUGAGGAAAAUUUUCCAAAAGGACCCGAGAAAGAAAGUUUUUUCAAUAAAAAACGAGCUACAAGAAAGCAAGCCAAUCCAGAAACUUCUUCAAGUGAGCCUUCAAAGAAGCAGAAUCUACCAGAGAUGACACCAGAUGAACAAGGAAAGGAUAAUGAGCACCAGAUCUUCAUUUGUCCUGUUUGUUUUGAAAAGCAUCCAGAUAGGACUUUAGAGGAAUUUAAUAGGCAUAUUGACAAGUGCCUUAGUGGAACAUUAGAAAAAGAUAAUGCGGAAAUUACAAAUAGCAGCAAAUCAUGGGAGAAUACAACCAAUCUGUUUUUGGACCGGGAAAAGAAAGAAUGUGAAAAAAAUAAAACAUGUAAGCCAUGGGUUGAAGUGCAAUCAACAGAUGUAGUUGAUUAUGCUACCAGUAGUAGCACAGAUAUUUUUCCUAUGCCUCAAGAUAAUGAAAAAAUUACUGAUAGUGGAAAUAGCCUUUCUAGUGACUUUGUAUUUGAUAUAAAUGCAAAACAGGACUUUUCUUCUAAUGUCUUGUUAAUGGGGAAAAAAGAAUAUUUUGAAGAGUCCAGUUGUUCAGAAAUCAAUUUGCCAUGUUUUUCUGAUGCUACUGAAAGCAACAUUUUAGUUUGUCCAGUCUGCAACUUAGAACAAGAAACAAAGGAUCUUACAUUGUUUAAUAGGCAUGUGGAUGUUUGUUUAAACAAAGGCAUUAUCAAGCAGUUGACAGAAAAUUCAAAAAGCGUGGGAAUCUUGGAUAGAGGGCAACAUGGUACAAACUCAACAAUAGGAACAAAACGGUCUGGAACAAUGGCUCCACAGUCAACAUCCAAAAAAGCCAAGUCAAACAAUUCUAAGGGCACUAUAGAAGCAUUUUUCAAAUGAAUACAGUAUAUUUUAAGAAGGACAUUUUGAUCAUUGUUAUGGUACAAUAGUUUGGAUGUAAAAUAUGUUGCUCAGGCUUUCUCCAUUGUGUAUACAUUUUAUAGAUGAUUUUGCACUAUCCAAAGUAACAUUUUACUCUCAAAUAGUUGCCCUUACAAUAACUUUUCAUAUUUUGAAGAAUAAAAAUGUACUGAAUGUUCACUUUGUUUAGGCUGGUGAACAAGAUGUCCUUUCUUUAGGAGUACUAAGCCUUUCUUUAAAAGUCAGCAAUUCUCAAUAUAUCUUGAUACUGAUGGCUGUCAUUUUCAUAACUCUUGGAUAUGGAAGAAAAGUGAAAGGAUUAUGCUUUCAGUUGGUAAUUAAUAUCUACUUCAUAGAUCAUGUUAUUAAAUGUGAGCUUUUGAUAAUUUGGAAGUAAGGCCAAGAUUUAAGAUUUAGUUCACCUUUUACUGUACAAAUAUAUGUUAUGGCACUUUAUGCAAUCAUAAUAUAUUUAGAACCCUAAAUUCAGACACUUUAGGUCUUAUCUAUACAGAACCACACAUACAUACACACUGAAAUGAAAUCCUAGCUGCCUUGAUUUAAAUCAAUCCACGCUGUUGUACUGCCUGUACCAUUUCUGUUCUGUGGUUUCAUAGGAAACUAUUUUCAGUGCAGUUGUCCAAAGCAUGCCCUGCGUUUCCAAAACAAUUAACUUCACUUUAAGGGGGGCAAUUCGCUUAUUGAAUUAGACCAGUUGAUAGCACCAAGCCCAUGGCAGUGUAAUAGAUUGUGUAGGUAAAACAAGGUAGGAAGUUGUAUCAUGAAGGAUAUUCUACUUUUCUGCCUAUUUUAAAAAUAAUUCAUCUAAUGUAUGAUGAGGGACACUUAACUCUUAAAUGAAGGGAUUUUACCAGCAAUAUGAAGAAAGCAGUGUUAUAUGUAUAUUUGUGUUUAUAUAAAUUAUGUAUUGUAUGUUUUAAAAUGUUAUUCAUAAUAUAUUUACAAUUAACAUAUUUUCCAAAAUAUUUUAAUUGAUAUAGAAUGUUUUCCAAAACAAUCUUAUAAGACUCCAUUUCUUGAAUUGUGAAACUCUCUGUAAUGUAAAAUAAACAG